UUGAUCGAGACCGAGAUGGAGGAGCAGGAUGGGUUGGAAGGGGAAGGGGAGGGGGAGGGGAAUGGUGGGAUACUGGGGCCGUGCCUGACUAGCUACGUGGAUCCUGGAACCUCUGAGAGCCACAGAUACUACCUCGCACGCAGAACCGUCAUGGAGAUGCUCAGGGACAGAGGCUAUGUUGUCCCCAACUCCGAAGUCGAGCUCUCUCUCCAAGACUUCCGGGACAUUCAUGGCCAGAACCCCGACCUCGAACGCCUCCGAAUCUCCACCACUCUUCGCUCUGACCCUUUGAAAAGGAUUUUGGUAAUUUUUUGUGGACCCAGUGUGGUAAAAGUUCACAUGAUUCGUAGCAUUGCAUAUCAGAUCGUUAACAAAGACACCUUGGGUGGGUUGAUACUAAUAGUGCAAAACCAUAUAACAGCCCAAGCAUUGAAAGCAGUGGAUCUUUUCCCAUUUAAAGCUGAAAUAUUCCAGAUCACCGACAUGCUUGUUAACAUUACAAAGCAUGUGUUGAAGCCAAAGCAUCGCAUACUAACCGACCGAGAGAAACAGAGGCUCUUAGAAAAGUACAAUAUAGAAGAAAAGCAGCUUCCUCGAAUGUUACGAAAAGAUGCGAUUGCAAGAUACUAUGGGCUUGAGAAGGGGCAGGUGGUGAAGGUAAGCUAUGGUGGUGAAAAUGAAAUCACCGAGUCGCAUGUAACUUACCGUUGCGUCUGGUGAUUCUCUGCCUUUGUGCUAUGUCUCUCUUUUUUAUCUUCCUCCUGAAGUUUUGGGAUGUUUUUGUUGUAUGCAUUGUGCGUCGUUAUGCCUCAUAAACACUCUUUGGGUUUGCUAGCUACGAACCUUGGUGGUGAUGUGUGCUUCCCGUACACACAGUGUAAUUAGUCCGUAUGGGGUAGCUACGGUUGCUGUUUUAUGAACAUCUUGCUUGGCUAGUUGUUUUUGGUGUAUACAUGCCUCUUUGAAUCGUUA